AACCGCCGGUCACGAUUUCCAUCCAAAAGCAAGUUCUUCUCCAGAUCUACCAAACGAAUCAUCGAAGAUCCCAUCGAGAGGGAGAUGGCAGCACCAGACCAGCUCUUCAAUCUCCGAAACAACUUCUACUUGGGGGCUUACCAAGCUGCCAUCAACAACAGCGACCUACCGAACCUCUCCCCGGAGGACGCCGUCGAGCGCGAUAGCCUUGUCUACCGCUCUUACAUUGCCCUUGGCAGCUACCAGCUUGUGAUCAAUGAGAUCGACUCCUCCGCUGCUACGCCUCUCCAGGCCGUGAAAUUGCUUGCUCUCUAUCUCUCCAGUCCUGAUAAUAGGGAAUCAACGAUUACUAGCUUGAAGGAGUGGUUGAAUGAUUCAGCCAUUAGAAGCAACCCUAUUUUGCGGCUUAUUGCUGGGACCAUAUUCAUGCAUGAAGAGGACCAUAAUGAGGCUUUGAAACACACCAAUACUGUGGUUCAUGCGGCGAACAUGGAACUGCAUGCGCUUAAUGUCCAAAUAUACAUAAAGAUGCAUAGAUCAGAUUAUGCAGAAAAGCAGUUGCGGCUUAUGCAACAAAUUGAUGAGGACCACACUCUUACUCAGCUUGCAAAUGCAUGGGUGAAUUUGGCAGUGGGUGGUUCUAAGAUACAGGAAGCAUAUCUCAUCUUCCAAGAUUUUUCUGAGAAAAAUAUAAUGACAGGGCUGAUCCUGAAUGGGAAGGCAGUUUGCUGUAUGCACAUGGGAAACUUUGAUGAGGCUGAAACAUUGUUGCUUGAAGCUCUAAACAAGGAUGCCAAGGAUCCAGAAACUCUAGCCAAUCUUGUUGUGUGCAGUCUCCACCUUGGUAAAUCCUCUUCACGUUAUCUGAGCCAAUUGAAACUUUCUCAUCCUGAUCACAUACUUGUCAAACGUACAUCGUCUGCAGAAGAAAGCUUUGAGAGGGCAAUUCAAGCAGCUGCUUGAAAACUGGGCUUUAGACAACAAGGUGAAAAGUGCUUGUUAAUCCUGACGUGUUACACUGCCACCUUGAUUACAUUUUGGCUUUUGUAAUUUACAGAAAAAAACACAAAGUUAAAUUGAGAAUAUUUGCAUUUGACUUGGAGUUGGAUGCUUUGAGUCUUAAAGCUUGAUACAAGUAAUCUUCGUAUGGCUUUUGUGUUAAAUAUUUUUUAAACAUGUACUGAAUUUUAAGCUUAAUGUUGGAUGCUUCCUAUUCGUUUUUC